AUGAGCCGCAUGAUUCCGGAAUUUUCUACACGAACUGGGGACGAGGAUGGCGACGGCGGCAACGCACCUUCGCUGCCUGCUGCCAAACAGUACACCUCAGUCAAUAUUAUCGACAGGUCACACUAUAUCAAAAGCCCUUACCACCCACAUCCUAUCCGCGAAUGGAUUGGACCGCUUGAUCCCCCAGAUUGGAAAUGGAAUGGUAGCAAACGCAAGGCAAGAACAAUUGCUCCUCGCCAUGCCCCCAAGAAUGCAGGCGCUUUUAGCAAGCUUUGUGGAGAUUGCUUUAGCAUGUUCGGAACCCUCGAAGGACUCCUAGCUCUGGGAACAACGGUUUAUCAGCACAGUGCCCUUGAGCAACGGCAAUCGACCAAACGCGGAUGUCAGCCUUGUAAGAUCCUGAGAAAGCGCUGCGGUAAAGGCUCGCGAGAGUUGAAUAUAUCCGCCCAAUAUCAAAGACUCAGUGGCGAGUCUGCUCCAAAAGACUAUAUAAAUGGCUAUCCCCUUUGGGUGACGGGUUCUAAAUGUAUUACUGUUAUGUUUGUCGGUGGCACCGGAAGGAUGGUAGGGUUUGAAUUAAGCAUAUACUCAAGCCGAGACGAAGAUUUCAGGCUGUGUUGUGGUCCUAUUUACCGUCAUAUGACGGAUUCUGGUCUCUUGAAUCUUACACAGCACACGUUGAAAAAUUGUCUGGAGAACCACUCUGAGUGCUUUUCAUUUGCAAGCCCAUUUAUGCCAACCAGGGUCAUAGAUGUGGGGUUAAACAAAAGCGAGCAAUCUCUACUUCGAUUAUAUACCUCUACACCGGGCGAGAAGGGAGCAUAUAUAGCGUUAAGCUACUGCUGGGGUGGACCGCAAUCCUUUUGCACCACCGCUGACAAUCUUGUCCGUAUGACUCAAGGGUUUGCUCUCGCAGCGUUACCACGUACACUUCAGGAUGCCAUCAACGUUACUCGGAACCUAGGAAUUAAGUUUCUUUGGGUUGAUGCGCUCUGCAUCAUCCAGGACAGUGCAGCCGACAAAGCCGUCGAGAUUAACAACAUGGGGCACACGUACAGAAACGCAACUCUUGUCCUCGUUGCUGAGAAUGCCUCUCAUGUCGAAGAGGGCUUUUUGAGAAAGAUUUCAAUAGGAGACGGACUGCCCUUACCGUUUGUGCUACCCAGCAAGGAAGUUACGGAGGUAAUUUUAUUCGAUCAUAAGACGACCGAGGACGAGCUAGCGCCGUUACAACAGCGAGCAUGGUCCUUUCAAGAAUCAGCCUUGGCCUCUAGACUAUUGACGUUUGAGGCACAUAGGUUGACCUGGAGGUGCCACAAAUACGCCAAUAAACCUAUCUUCCCACACCACAUCGGCAGCCGGUGCAGUACAGCACCCGACCUUACAAAACUAAUCAACACAAUCCAUAGCUCCGGCGAACUACGUGAUGCAUGGAGGCUCGUGGCCAAUGACUAUAGCCGACGAAAUAUUACUUAUUUAGAAGAUCGAUUGCCAGCAAUUGCAGGAGUAGCCGCCUUAUUGCAGACCUCAGAAUAUCAAUACAUCGCCGGAAUCUGGAACCAACCAUCAGCGGGCCAUAAAAACUUGUUGUUUGAACUGCUGGAUUGGGAAGUAUCUUCGCCGCACGGAAAGCCCGCGAUGUACAUUGCCCCAUCCUGGUCAUGGCUGUCCGUGAACAAUCAGAUCAAAUUCACGCCCAUCGUAGACUCCCGCGAAUUCAUUGCUAAAGCAGAGCUAAUCGCCUGCACUGCUGUUGCGUUUGAUGAAGCUGCACCUCUUGCUCGCGUGCAGUCUGGAGUGCUGCAACUCAGAGCUAAAUUGCUCCCUGGUACCCAAUUCCCUGCUACGGAAGCUGAUCACGAAGGGAGAUUUAGACAAGAUGGAUACGAUGUCUAUUCCGAGCACUUCGACUACAUUGACGAGCAGCACAAAGAUGAAUGCUUGCACUUCAUUCAAAUAGGAAUGGAAAUGGACUUCGAUGCAACAGUGGGUCUCAUUCUCACUCGGGUCAAUGAGGAUGAGUUUCAGAGAGUGGGAAUGUUCCGCAGCUACGAACAAUUGAACCAUAUGUGGGAAGGAGCAGGCACGACCCUCGUGAAGAUAAUUUGA